AUGAGUGUUGUGUCGACUUUGCUGGCUCAACAAGUCUACAAUUGGCAGCUGGAGGAUUUUGCUUGUUUUCGCAAAUGCGGCGAAAUCACCGUGUCCCCAGAUGCGCAAACCUACGGCAUGAAUUGUCGCUUCUGUGCCGGCAUUUGCCUGCAAUUCGACGUUUUUAUCGAGCACAUACGCGAGGUGCAUGCGGAGCGUGUCAGCGCGCUCUAUCAGCAGACGGACGCGUGCGGUGGCGAGGCUAAGUGUGAGCAAAGCACGCAAACACCAAACGAAACCGAAUUGGAAACCUAUAAUGAUUAUGAUGACGACGCUGCCUUCAUAGCUGCCAUUGCCAAUCACACUGCCGACGGCGACGUGGACGGCGACCACGACGAUUUCGAUAUCGAUGUAGAGUGCAUUGAUGGCGGUGACGAGUGCGCUUUCAAUUGCAACUAUAACAACGCCGUUGUACGCGACGACGUCGCCGACGCCAACGUUGGCAGUGACACUGACACCGACUCCGCAACUAAUGCCACGGCACAAGUCUCGCUCCCACCGCGUCGCUAUCCACAACGCCAUCGGCGUCGCACAGCUGUUGUAAAUGGUGGCAACGACGAAGGCGAAGAUAAGCCGCGCAAACUAUGCCGUUGGAAUGAAGCGCCGUCAGCGAAAUGUAAUGGGACUUUGGGUAAAUACAAAACACUCACCAACACGCAGACACCGCCAACACCGGCACCGACACCAUCGCCCUGGACAACGCCAGUGCAAAAUGUUAAAGACGGCAACAACAUUGUGCACGCGUUUGAAAACGAAAGCGAAACCGCGACCAUUGCAAUGGACACACCCGACACGCUCGACAUUAGUUUGGCGGCGGCGCAAAUAGACAUGAGCGCUUUGCUGGGCGACGAGGACGACGACGACGAUGUGGAUAUGCAGGCGCAUAACAGUGUACCGGAAGCGCCGCAAGCGCAAGUGGACUUGGUGUAUAUAAUGGAGAGUGCAACGCCAGAUGGUGUCAUCGAAGAGGAGACCGUGGUCGAUCCAUUCGAAAUGGCGCAAGGCUGGCGGCGUUCAACAGAUUCAUCGGAGUGUCCGGAAAAUGAUGUACCCAGUCCAUAUAGCAACAGAGAAUUGCGUAGAAACCUUAUAGCAUUGCCGUUGAACACAUCGAAAACGCCAAAUGGCGAAAAGCCCUUGGUCAACGAAAAUGAGCAUAGUACCGAAGUGAUCUUUUACCUGCUUGAAGCGUACAAAAAGAACGAAAAACUCUGGAAUCCCAAUCAUUCGCAAUACAAAUACAACGCGAAUCGUAAGAUGUUCGAGGAAUUAUCGCGCCCACUCUUGCGAGAUAUGAACUACUCAUUGGACGGCUCCGAGAUCUAUGCGAUCAUUAAGAGUCUACGCUCACGCUAUCGACUGGAAUUGGCUAAAGCGCGCGAACGUAAGGGCAAAUAUAAGACACGUUUCAAAUAUUUCGAGAAAAUGGAGUUUCUCCGUGAUAUUAUCGAGAAUAAGCGUGCUGCACGUAGAGUUAAGAAACAAUUGGACAGUUCGGAUAAAUCAUUGGAUGAAGAUUGCACAGAAUCGACACGUUCCACACAUAAUCGUACCGUACUUACUUAUCUUUUGGACGCAUUUCGUAGACAGGAAUCGCUCUGGAAUCCCCAGCAUCCCAACUACUUACUAUGUAAUAAGAAUGAACUGAUGCGUGAGAUCUCAAUAAAUUUGCUGCUGGAGAAGGAUGUUAACAUGACCGCCGAUGAAUGUGCCACCGAGAUACAAAAACUACGAACGCGCUUUCGACGCGAAUUACGUAUAGUACACGAACAAAAAGGACUGUAUGCGCCGAAAUUGUGGUGCUUUGAACAAAUGGAGUUCCUGCAGAAGAUCUUCGAAGAUCAGUUAUGCGAUCGUCUAAAAAAGCGCAAAGGUGUUAUCGCUUGCAAACCAAAGAUACAAUAUUUAAAGGCUAAAUCUAUCGAGUUCAAAAGUAACGAUGAUCACCUGACAUUCAUUGAGAUCUACAAGAGCUAUUCAGCGCUUUGGGAUGUCGAGCACCCCGAUUAUCGUUCGACCACAUACCGCAAUGAGGAACUCAACCAAAUGCUCGAGGAAGUCAAUCUGAUGCUUGGCAUUGAUAGUACAUUGGAAGAAUUGCAGAAAACCUUAUAUGAAAUGCGUAAAGAGUUUUCAGCCGAAAAGCAUAAGCGUCUAGUCGAAACCACACAAAACAACACAACGCCGCCACCACCGCCACCGUCAAUUAUACAAACGAAGCUGAUGGAAUUUCUCGAUGUUAAUCUGGGACCAUUUCGCUGUGAUGUUUGCGCUGAACUAAUUAAGACCUCCGAUCAGUAUAAGAUUCAUAAGUCUGGCCAUGAUGGCAUGCAACCAUUUAUUUGCACGCUUUGCGGUAAGGGUUUUCAAAUACCCGGCAAUCUAACCAUACACAUACGUCGUCAUAAAGGUGAUUUUCCGUAUGCUUGCGAAGUAUGCGAUAAGAAAUUUGCUACAUCCACCGAGGUCGCCAUUCAUAUGCGUAGUCAUACAGGCGAGCGUCCCUACAUCUGCAGCUUCUGUGGCAAAUCCUUCAAAACUUGGUCCUUUUACGACACACACCGACGCGCCCACCUCAACCAGUCCAACUUUCAUUGUCCCAUCUGUGACAAGGCCUUCUACGAGCGCAACCGUUAUACGGAUCACAUGAAUGGCCACUUGAAUAUACGUAAGCAUGUCUGUGAUGUGUGCGGCAAGGCCUACACCACAUUCGCCAAUCUGAAGAAGCACAACGAACUGCAUUUGCCAGUGAAGAAGUACAAAUGCGACAUUUGCGGGCAGCGUUUUGCACAAUUCGCCAGCGUGCGUUGGCACAAGCGUAAAACGCAUGCGCAAGCGCAAGAUAAGCGGCACGAACAGAUGGAACAGUGAUGUGGGUGAAAAUGGUACAGUAUUGAGGAUUGGCGUGUAUAUAAAUGUGGCAUUUUAAUUGUUGGUAAAAUAUUGCUACUUCACUGCUGGUGAUUCAAACAAUGUUUAACUUAG